AUGUUAUCUAAACGUAUACUAUACCUCGUAGCACUGGCAUUAUGCUUUGGAUAUACUGCGGCACAGUGUCCUAUGGCUAAAUUCCGGCAAGCAAAUGCCGGUGGCAAUGCCCAUGACGCAGAUACACGCGGACAAACUGAAAGUCCGUUUCACCCUGUCGCACAGCACAUGAGACCACCACUUAAUACAGAUCUGUCAAGCAUGGAUGAUAAACCAUCGCCACGUAACAUUAGUCAAGAAAUUUUUCAACAGACGAGGAAUAGGUAUGAUAAGAAUCAUCUCAAUCAUAUGGUCAUGCAAUGGGGUCAAUUCGUAGAUCAUGAUAUUACAGAGACACAUGCUGGGGACGGGGAUGCAUAUGCAAGCAAUAUUCAAUGCGAUGCCGAAGAUCCAAUAUUCAAUGGCAAGAUCAUGAAAUUUACUCGUGCUGCAGGCAUGGACGAUACUAACAGGAAUGCAAUCUCUCACUACAUCGAUGCUUCGAAUAUUUAUGGUUCAGAUAUAGCCAAACAGCUUGAUUUGAGAGCGGUCACAAGCACUGGUUUGAGUCAUUAUCUCCUUAAGAUGACCGAAGGUAUCUUUUACGAUUACGACCUGGGGCCCUACCACUUACUACCUACAAGAAUUGAAGGUGGAUCGGAGGUAUUCUAUUCCGGUGAUGUGCGAACUAUGGAGCAGCCUGGCCUUACAGCCUUACAUACUUUAUUUGCAAGGGAACAUAAUCGCCUUGCCAAGUUGGCAAAGGAAGAUUUGUUUCCUGGACGUGAUGAUGCCGAUCUGGCAGAAAAUGAAUUGAAUCAAGUAUUCGAGGAAGCACGCGUGGUCGUUGAAUCAGAAAUGCAGAAAAUCACAUAUGAAGAUUGGCUACCCGCUAUUACUGGCCGGAAGAUGAUGUCUGAUACAACUACCAACUGUGGCGAUGUGGAUCCUAGCAUUUUGACAAUCUUUUCUGGAGCGCUAUUCAGAUUUGGACACACAAUGGUCAACGAGUUGUUUUGGAGGUUCCAGGUUAAACCCAGGAGAUGGAAAGUUAUGACAGGGGAUGCACGCAGGCGAGAUCUUGAAACUGUCCUUAAAGAUGAGGCAGUGAAACCCAUUCUGGUGGAGCAGGAAGGUGGUGAUGGUGGCGGUGGUACCGAUGACAAGGUCGAAUUCUCUGGCUUUAAAGCACAUAGGAAAGGUCAUCUAAAACUUUCGGGCGAGUGGACAGAGAAUCAUCGUCCAGCAUUUUUCGAUUCCGUGAACGUCUUCUUGCAAACAGAGAUGGAUAUCGAUCCUUUAUUGACUGGCUUGCUACUCCAACCUAAUCAACGUAUCGACACGCAAAUUGUACCCUCGCUACGUGAGCAUUUGUUCCGUAAGAAUCCCGAUACUGUUCUAGUCAAUGACAUUUACACGGACGCUUUCGAUUUGGUAGCGUUAAACAUCCAACGUGGACGUGAUUUGGGUGUUGGUAACUACAUACAGGUGCGUGAAGCUCUUACCGGUUUCAAAGUCACAAAAUGGAGCCAAAUUUCGAGUAAAGGUGCAAUAAGGAGGGCACUCAAGAAAGUCUAUGGUAAUGGAAGAGCUGGUAUGGCCAAAGUUGACCUCUUCGUGGGCAUGCUCGCAGAGGAUCAUGUAACUGGCAGUAGCGUAGGGUCCACGCUUCUGGCGGGAUUGGAGUUGCAAUUCUCACGCCUACAGCGCGGGGACUGCCUGUGGUACACUAAGCGCCUGGCCGAGGACUUGACUUGCAGUACCGCGUUACGAGAGGAGAAAGAAGCUUUAUUAAAUGGUGUGCGAACGCUGGCAGAUGUGAUUGUGGAUAACACUGAGUUACCGGUAACUGGCUUCAACCCCUUCCGCACACGAAAAGGUCAGACACAAGCGCCACCUAUUCAAGGGGCGCCUGGUGGUGAUGCAACUACCAUGUAUGAGCCAAAAAACACGGCAUUAAUGCCUCUAUAAUUUAGUUUUUUUAGUCUAUACCUAUAUAAUAAACAUGAACACAAAAUCC